UUGUUGGAUGAUCGUGUAAGAGUUGUAAGAAGAAUAUUUUAACUAUAAAACACGCUUUUACACAGCUGUUAAUAUAAGAAAUCUGAGAAAAUGCCAUACGCUAAUCAACCAUCAGUUCAUAUUUCAGAUUUAACGGAAGAAAAUGUAAAAUUUCAAGUAGAGGAUACAGAAUUGAGCGUAGCAAAUAGUAUGAGACGUGUAUUUAUUGCCGAGACACCUACCAUGGCUAUUGAUUGGAUACAAUUGGAAGCUAAUUCAACUGUCUUAAGUGAUGAAUUUUUAGCUCACAGGAUUGGAAUGAUACCAUUAAUAAGUGACGAUGUUGUUGAUAGGAUACAAUAUACAAGAGACUGCCAGUGUAUGGAUUUUUGUCCAGAGUGUAGUGUAGAAUUCACACUUGAUGUAAAAUGUACAGAAGAUCAAACGCGACAUGUAACCACUGCAGAUUUUAAAUCCAGUGAUCCAAGAGUACUUCCUGUUACAUCCAGACAUAGAGAAGAUGAUGCUAGCGAAUAUGGAGAAACCGAUGAAAUCUUAAUAGUGAAAUUAAGGAAAGGACAAGAAUUGAAAUUAAGAGCAUAUGCAAAAAAAGGUUUUGGAAAAGAACAUGCAAAAUGGAAUCCUACCGCUGGUGUAAGUUUUGAAUAUGAUCCAGACAAUUCUAUGAGGCAUACGUUAUUUCCAAAACCUGAUGAAUGGCCAAAAUCAGAAUAUAGUGAACUAGAAGAAGACCAAUAUGAAGCACCAUUUAAUUGGGAGGCUAAGCCAAAUAAAUACUACUUCAAUGUGGAGAGCAGUGGAGCUUUAAAACCUGAAAAUAUUGUAAUGAUGGGCAUUGCAGCAUUAAAAAAUAAACUAUCUAAUUUGCAAACACAAUUAAGUCAUGAGGUUCAAAGUGAUGCAUUAAGCAUUCAUCAUUGA